AUGAACCGCAUCACGGUGUACGAGCGGGCCAACUUCGAGGGGCUGAGCCGGGAAUUCACCUGCGACGUGCCCGACCUGCACGAGCUGGAUUUCGGGGACUGCAUCGCCUCCCUGAAGGUGGUGGGGCAGCCCUGGAUCGCCUACACGGACCCCAAGUACGAGGGGGAGCCGCAUGCCUUCGAGGAGGGCGAGUACCCCUCCGUGGGGCGGCCCAACAGCUUCUCGGCGCUGCGCCUGGUGCACCACGACCUGGGGGACCCACAGAUCACCCUCUACGAGCGCCCCAACUUCCAAGGCGCCUGCAAGGUGGUGACAGAGGAGACCAACUUGGCCUACGGGUACUUUAACGACCGGGUGGCCUCUCACGUGGUGCAGCGAGGCGUCUGGCUGCUGUACCAGCAUCCCGGCCGGGGUGGUUGGCACUGCUUGGCGUGGCCUGGAGAGCGUCUUGCAGACUACAAACCCGAGCUGAACUUCCAGUCUCGGCUGUCCCACCUGCGCCCGCUACAGCCAGGGCGGCCCCUGGUCUCAGCACGUCUCCUCUGGGAGCAGAAGAAGGUGGAGGAGGAGCGGGAGGUGCUGGUGGAUGAGAUCGAGGGGGUGAAUGAGACGGAGUCGGAGCAGGUGCUGACGGCCAGCAGCAGCCGGGAGUACAGCACCACGCUCUGGCAGAGCUUCCACUUCAGCAACUCCACCAGCCUCAAGGCUGGGGUCUCCUUCACCUUGACUGUGGAAGCCUCUAACGUCUUCACGGUGCAGAAAGGACGUAGCGAAUCCAGCACCCGCCGAGAACGCGUGGAGGUGCAGCUGCCAGCCAAGAUCCCGCCGCGCACGGUGCUCAGCAUCCAGGUCCUGCGGAAGGAGGUGACGCUCUCUGUCCCGGUCCUGCUCACCAUCACCCAGAAUGAAGAUGUCCGUACAGAGAUGGGCGAGUAUCACAGUGUCUCGGGUACCAACAUCAGUGCUCGCUAUAGCCUGAAGCCUCUGCCCGGCAGGGAGCAGGAGGCUCCUGGGGGGACAGGGACAGCGCCUGGCACCAGGACGGACCUGUAG